AUUUUACCAUGGUUUACCAUUAAAGCGGUAAUCGUUUCAUCCCUAUAGCAGAAACAGAGGCUAACGAUGCCUCAGGGAACACGUGGAACUGGCUGUACUUCAUCCCCCUAAUCAUCAUCGGUUCCUUCUUCAUGCUCAACCUGGUGCUAGGUGUGCUGUCAGGGGAGUUUGCCAAGGAGAGAGAGCGGGUGGAGAAGAGGCAAGAAUUCCUGAAGCUCCGCAGACAGCAGCAAAUAGAGAGAGAGUUAACUGGGUACCUAGAGUGGAUCUGCAAAGCAGAAGAGGUGAUGCUGGCUGAGGAAGACAAGAAUGCAGAGGAGAAAUCUCUGGAUGGAGCAUGGUACAAAAGGAAACACAACAACUCUGUGCUGAAAAGGACCAAGAAGAGUAAGGAUGACCUCAUCAAUGCAGAGGAAGGCGAGGAUCACUUCACCGACAUCUCAUCUGUUGGAUCACCGUUCACCCGGGCCAGCAUGAAGAGCAAGAACGAGAGCUCAUCGUACUUUAGGAGGAAAGAGAAGAGGAUUCGCUUCACCAUUCGCCAUCUGGUCAAGUCCCAAAGCUUCUACUGGACUGUGUUGUGUCUGGUUGGCCUUAACACAUUGUGUGUGGCCAUAGUACACUACGACCAGCCUGAGUGGCUCACCUAUGCGCUAUACCUGGCAGAGUUUGUAUUCCUAGGCCUGUUUCUGGCAGAGAUGUCCAUGAAAAUGUAUGGCCUCGGACCCCAGAACUACUUCCACUCCUCUUUCAACUGUUUUGACUUUGGGGUGAUUAUUGGCAGUAUUUUUGAGGUGAUCUGGGCUGCCAUCAAACCCGGGGCCUCAUUUGGGAUCAGUGUCCUGCGGGCUCUGAGACUUCUCAGGAUCUUCAAAGUCACCAAGUACUGGAACUCUUUGAGGAACCUGGUGGUGUCCCUGCUCAACUCCAUGAAGUCUAUCAUCAGCCUGUUGUUCCUCCUCUUCCUCUUCAUCGUGGUCUUUGCUCUGCUGGGCAUGCAACUAUUUGGUGGCCAAUUUAAUUUUGAAGACGAAACGCCGACAACCAAUUUUGACACAUUCCCAGCAGCAAUUCUCACCGUCUUCCAGAUCCUAACUGGGGAGGACUGGAAUGCAGUGAUGUACCAUGGGAUCGAAUCACAGGGGGGUGUUCAUGGGGGAAUGUUCUCCUCCAUUUAUUUCAUCGUCCUCACUCUCUUUGGAAACUACACGCUCCUCAACGUGUUCUUGGCGAUUGCUGUUGAUAACCUCGCAAAUGCCCAAGAGCUCACUAAGGAUGAAGAGGAACAGGAGGAGGCCAUCAAUAAGAAGCUUGCACUCCAGAAGGCCAAGGAGGUAAAGGAGGUCAGCCCCAUGUCGGCCGCUAACAUUUCUAUCACAGCUUUUCUAACACGCAGUCGAGGUAACGCGCACUCUAGCAGCUCAUCCAUCUGCAGCGUUAACUCACUGAGUUAUGUCUGCACCCCCGGCCAUCACUACCUGAGUAAGGAGCAGCAGAAGUCAGUGAAGACGAUGUCAGUGUGGGAGCAGAGGGCCAACCAGCUGAGGAGGCAGAACCGGGCGAGCUGCGAGGCCCUCUACAGUGAGCUGGAGCCUGAAGAACGUCUCCGCAUGUCCUCGGCCCUCCACAUCCGGCCUGACAUGAAGACCCACCUUGACCGGCCGCUGGUUGUUGAACCUUGUGACGGACCUUUGCUGGGCGGCCACCAUCGCCACCAUCACAAGACCUGCAUGCCAGAGGAGGCCGAGACUGCUGACCCUCCUCCAGUUACUCACCAGCCAUGCCUACACCACCGCCACAGAGACAGGGACCGGGCCAGAAUGAGAGAGGAGACAAAUGAUAACGGUGACACCAGUAAAGACGGGUUGCACCACGUACAUCACAGCCACUUCAAAGACUACAACGGCAGCAAGGAAAAAGAGGGGAAGAGUGAGCGGUCCCGCAGUCGAGAGGGAGGCAGGAGGCAUCACCAUCAGAGCUCGGUGGACAACAACGCAGGUGGAGGAAUCACGAGUGAGAAAGAGCAUCGGCAUCAUCAUUCACACCGGCAUUCCCGAGGGGGCAAUGGGAUAGUGAACAGUGGAGGGAGGGGAGAACGAAGAUCCCGCCACAAUGAUGAACGUUCUUCUAACAGGGAUGGGGAUAGGAAUUCCAGAGGAGACAGUGAUGCCAAUGGAGAGAGGAGAAGAAAUAGGACUCAUGGAUCCAAGGGCCAAUCCACAGUUGAAGGAGAGAAAUCCAGCCAAAGAGAGAAGACCCACACUCACAGGGACAGGUUUGGUAACUCAGUGGGGGAGUCCCUAGCUAUCUCACCCCAGCAGGGCCCUGGGGGGAGCAACUGGCUUCCUGCCCGACCAGAGGACUCAGACAACCAGAGGAACGUCAGACAAACUGGCCAGAGCUCCAUCCAAAUUCCUCCUGUGACUAUCACUUCUCCACCUGGAGAGACCACACUUAUACAAAGAGUUAUGUCUGCACCCCCGGCCAUCACUACCUGA